AUGAGUGCGGAAUUCAGUCGCGAUCACUGCAAAAUUGCAGUGGUCAAGAUCCUGCAAACUAUCGGAUGGCAUUCGAUCAACACCACGCCUUUGGAAGUGCUCACAGACAUUAUGUCGAGCUACAUAAGGGAGCUGGCGAGAGACACCAACAACUAUGCGAACGAAUUCGGGCAAACCGAGCCCAAUCUCGAUCAUCUGGGCCUGGCGUUCCAGCAAAUGGGCGUCAAUCUGGGCGAGUUGGAGGAAUAUGUUACGUACGUGAACUUCUUGCCGCCCCCCCAUCCGGUGCCCAAGUUUCCCGUGGCUAAAGAGAGCAAUUUAAACUUCCUCAAACCUGGCAGCAAGGAGGUGGUGACACGGCCGGUCCAUAUAAACGAGCACCUGCCCCCCAUGUAUCCUUUGCUGGAGGAGCAAAGCGAGCAACUAGCCGAUAAUCAGCCGGUCAAAGACGGUAACGACGGCGCGCCAGAGAGCGAUUCCCAUCCGUUCAAAAAGCCGGCCGAUUUGUCGCCGGAAUUCAGGCGAGUGAAGCGGGAGGACGAAGGAGGCAGGCCGACACGGGAAAUCAGCAGUGUGAUGAUGACAACAUCGGGGUUUUUGUCGCCGGCCCGUGAAGGUCGACUGCCGGAAGCAAAAGCGCCGGCACCGCCGCCCGAGCCGCCCAGAGCGCCGACGCCCCCGCCGCCAGGCCCUCCCGUUCCCGAGCUAGUACUGGUAAAGAAAAAACCCGAAAAGAAAAAGGACAAGCCGCUCAAAGAAGCCAAAUCAGGCAAUGAGGAGAAGGCGCCAAAGAAACCCGGCAACACAAAGGACACGCCGAAGCGUCCCAAAGCAACGCCCAGCAUGUUGCCGCCGCCCGGCUUUUGCAGGCCUUCCUUUCCAGGUCUGCCGCCUCCAGCGCAUUUCAUGUCCGCCCAGUUUCCCGGCGACAUGAAACUGCCGCCCCUAGUCGCCCACGGGCCCAAACCGCAAAUCGUCAAGCCCAGCGCUUUAAACAAAGUCCUAGCGGCCGCCAAGGCCAAAACCGAGAAACUCAACACUACGAUCACUGCCAUUCCCGUGAAGGCCGAGCCAAAGUACCAAAUCCCCAUGCAUCAGCCAGUUGAUAAACUGCUGGCGGAGCCCGAUAAACAGAAGGUUAACAUUUUGCGAAAGAUCUCCAAUGUGAAGGAGAAGCACGAGAAGAGCAAGCAGAGCCAGCUGGUGCAACAGGCGCAGGAUAUUGUCAGCAAAAUUAACUUGUCGAGUGAUAUUACCAUUGAGCCGAUCCAUCCGCGGCAUAAUUUUGUCGCAAAAUCGGAGCCCUAUUUUGAUGACGGUUCUCCUCCGGGCACGCCACCUACUCCAAGGACGCCCGAGAUACUAGCGCAUCAUAGUCCGUCACCGUCGGCCAAGGAGAAGAGGAAACGCAAAGUGAAACCCGAACGGAUGCCCAGACCUAAGAAACCGAAGAAACAACAGCAACCGCCUAUUCCGCACCAUCACUUCAUGGACACGGACGUGAUGGACAUGAGCAUCGGGCGACCAAAGACCCCAGACACCAGCUUGAAGAUGCGGAAGACCGCACCGUUUCCCACAAUGCCGUUCCCCUUUCCUCUGACAAAGUUUGGAGGGCCCGGGCUUAUUCCAUCGCUAAAUUUUCCAUUCGCGCCCACCAUUUCUGACUUUACCAAUACGUACUUUCCCCCCAUUAUGCCGCCCAAACCCAAGCCGGAACCGAAGGUUUCGCCCAAGCCUAAGGAGGUGAAAACUGAGCCAGCGGAGGCGGCGCCUGCAUUGCGCCCGCCCGGGCUUGCGCCCCCGCCUCUGGCCCAACCCAUCAAGCUGGAGGAGGCGGAAGGCGGCAACGCCCCCCUGGAGAUGGCGUUCAAAAAGUCCAAGGAGCAUAAAAAGGAUAAGAAGGACAAGCUGAAGAAGAAGAGCAAAAAGGAGAAGGUGAAGGACAAGAGCGAAAAAAAGAAGCUCAAGGAGGCCAAGAAGGAGAAGGUGAAAAUCAAGAAGGAGAAAAAGAAGAAGCAGCAACUCCCCAAGCAGGAGCCUGGGGAGCAGCCGGAGGCCCAACCAAUUCCCAGGAUCCUCCUGAAAGUGGACUCGCCGUCGCCCAGGCCGGAAACGCCCGACGACUCCUUGAAGAAACUGAACAUUAAGCCCAUAGUGAAAAAGGAGGACGUAUCGCCCGAGCGCCAGCCUAGAGAAACGUCGCCCGGGCUGGCGCAGAUCUCCGCCCUGGUGAUCGGUCCACCCAAGCCGAAAAAUCCCCAGUCAGAAAAAAGUCUGGUGCUGCCGGAAAGGGCGCCGGUUGAAGCCGCAACGCCUUCAACGGCCGUGUCACCUUCCCGACCGCCAGGACGGCCCCGGAUCCAUCCUGUUAAGCCCAAGCCGGCGCCCAAGCCCAAGAAGGUGGAACAACCGUUCCUGAAACGGGACGCCGAAGGCAACGAGGUGUGGAUUUGUCCGGCGUGCGGCCAACAGGACGACGGUCGCCCAAUGAUUGGCUGCGACGGCUGCGAUGCGUGGUAUCAUUGGGUGUGUGUGGGGAUUCAGGUGCCGCCCGACGAGAACGAGAAUUGGUACUGCAAACCCUGCCUGGCCAAGAAGAACGAGGAUUUGCAGGACAAAAAAAAGAAGCGCAAGAAGAAGGAGAAGCCCCAUUAAAACCGGGGGAGGGUGAUGAGUGGAGAUAACCCAAUGAACUUUUUAUUUGAGUCGUCGACUUGGGCUCUAUUGAGCUCCAAACUGUCCGGGCCGGAUCUUUUUACUAGAUAAGCAAAUUUAUUGGUCGCAGACCCAAAAUGAUAGUUUAGUUAGGAGCACUUACAGUGCUUUAGUUAAUCAGUUACAUACAUACUUUAUUAUUGUCUUCUGGUUUUAUCCAAGCUAUACAUAUGGGAUUUUUUUAGCAAAA